AUGACCGAAUUCUGUUUGUUUUCGGCCAAAAAAUGCAUAUCCGAUCCGAUGCCGAAGAAGAAAAAAGUGUUCGUCUGUGCGCAGGGUCCUUUUCUUCUCUCCUACAUUCAUGAUGCCAUGACACCCAAGCCAUACUGGAUCUUGCGCCAUCAUGGCUCUUCAUCCAUUCGAUCCCUCCACCACGCCCACGGCUUACUCGCUAUAGGAGAUGAAUCCGGAAAAGCAUCCCUCGUCGACUUGAACACGCUACGACCCAGGUUCUUCUGGACAGCUCACACCGAUUCCAUCUUGACAGUCGUCAUCGUAAAUUCGGAUCAAGUCAUCACCCAUGCUAGAGACAACAGUCUGAAGCUUUGGAAGCUUCCUUCCGCACCUGCUUCGCUCGGAAUGAGUGCGCUCAUCGGCAGUACCUCGAACGACAAAGAUCCUUCUACCGUAUCACCAGAGCUGGUUCGAACCAUCGGAGUCAACGCACUCAACUUCGCCAAAUGCUCCCACCUCUCCUCCCUCCUCGCCGUGCCCAACGCCCUCGAUGCAGCCUACAUCGACAUCCUCGACCUCACCAACGGUCAUCGCACAUCCGAAGCCGUCGGUAGGCCCGACAUCAAACCUCCUUCGCGAAAUCGUCUACCCAUCGUAAUGUCGCUCCACCUGCUCUCCCCGGACGAACUCAUCGUCGGCUACGAAGACGGCUACGUCAAGAGGUGGAACGCCCGCGAGCUGGUCUGGGCGAGUAGGUGUCACAGCGAAUCCGUCAUGAGCGUUUCGAUCUCUGACAGAGGGUUUGGUGUGUCGGUGGGGGCAGAUGAUCGAGUAGCCAGGUUCGACCUGAUAACGGGAGAGGUGCGGUUGUCGCAGACGAGGACUGCCGGAAAAUCGAGCGUCGAGAUCGCUCCGGAUGGCGAGACCUUCCUCGUAGGCGCUUGGGAUGGCUCAAUCACCGUCUACUCCGCUUCCAACAUGACGCGUCUCGGCUCGCUCGACUACCACCGCAACACGGUUGAAUGCCUCACCUUCGCCACAGUCGCAAUUCCAGCCGAAGACGAGGAGGAGGAGGACGAUGAUGCGCUGCAAGACUCGGCGCAGCAGCUCGUCUUGGCUGCUGGUGGAAGAGAUGGCAAGGUCUCGCUGUGGAAAUAUCACUGA